UUUCUUUCCUUAUAUAGCUAUCUCCGAUCGAGUCUCCGGUGGAAGACAGGAAAAAGAAGAAGACGAGGAUGCAUUUCGCUAAGCUCGAUGAUUCCCCCAUGUUUCGUCAACAGAUGCAAUGUAUGGAAGAGAGUGCAGACUUGCUGGGGAUGCGAUGCUUAAGGUUCUACAAAGACUGCACAAAAUACACAGAGGGACUCGGAGAAGGGUAUGAUGGAGAUAUUGACUUUGUAAAUGCACUUGAAUCUUUCGGUGGUGGCCAUAAUGAUCCCAUCGGCGUUGCUUUUGGAGGUCCUGUAAUGACAAAGUUUACUGUUGCUCUUCGAGAAAUUGGGACAUACAAGGAAGUUCUUCGUUCCGAGGUAGAGCAUAUUCUGAAUGACCGGUUGGUUCAGUUUGUGAAUGUUGAUGUCCAAGAAAUUAAGGAAGCACGUAAACGCUUUGACAAAGCCUCCAUUACAUACGAUCAGGCGCGAGAGAAAUUUCUUUCAUUAAGAAAGAGUACGCGACUGGAUGUGGCUGCAACAAUCGAGGAGGACCUACAUAGCGCAAGAGCGGCAUUUGAGCAAGCCCGGUUUCAUCUGGUUAGUGCACUAUCUAAUGCGGAAGCUAAAAAGCGAUUUGAGUUUUUGGAAGCAGUCAGCGGGACAUUGGAUGCUCAUCUCCGUUUCUUCAAACAGGGAUAUGAGCUACUACAACAAAUGGAGCCUUUUAUUAAUCAGGUGUUGAGUUAUGCACACCAGUCUAGAGAAUGUACAGACUAUGAAAUGGCAUCACUUAACGAAAGGAUGCAGGAGUACAAAAGGCAAGUUGAUCGAGAAACUAGAAACUUAAAUGGUUCGCCAGCAGGGGAUGGCAUGAGACACAACUCAAGAAGCUCACAAAAAGUCAUUGAGGCUGUCAUGCAAUCUGCUGCAAAAGGAAAGGUUCAGACUAUAAGACAAGGGUAUCUGUCUAAACGUUCGUCAAACCUGAGAGGUGAUUGGAAAAGAAGGUUCUUUAUCCUUGAUAGCCGUGGGAUGCUAUACUAUUACCGCAAGCCAUGGAAUUGGUCAUCUGGAAAUGGAAACAGGUCUUCUGUUCACAAGAAUAUGACUUCAGAAAACAGUCCUGGGCUGCUAAGUCGGUGGCUGUCUUCUCAUUAUCACGAUGAAAAACCAGUUGCACGUCUCACUGUGAACCUGCUUACCUCAACGAUCAAAGUUGAUGCGGACCAGACGGAUCUAAGAUUCUGCUUUCGGAUUAUUUCGCCUACAAAAGUCUACACAUUGCAGGCAGAGAAUGCGCAAGAUCAGAUGGACUGGAUUGAGAAGAUAACUGGAGUUACUACUUCUUUGCUAAGUUUCCAGACACCUGAAAGAACAAUCAUGCGUCUUUCUACAAUGGACGGAGAUACUUUCUCCGCAAGUGAGUCCGGUUCGGUAGCAGAUCUAUAUGAUAUCGAGCAUGCGGAAAUUGGAGAAUCCACUGUGGAAAAUAAUCAUCACCGUUCGAGGUUCUCAGGGUGCUUGCAGCAACAUGAUAUGAUGGCAAAGCCAAUUGAUGUCUUGACCAAAGUAUUGGGGAAUGAGAAAUGUGCGGAUUGUGGUGCUCCUGAACCUGAUUGGGCCUCUUUGAAUCUCGGAGUACUCAUAUGUAUUGAAUGUUCUGGUAUACAUCGUAACCUUGGUGUUCACAUUUCGAAGGUCAGAUCGCUCACGCUUGAUGUUAAAGUAUGGGAACCAUCGGUCUUGACGUUGUUCCAGUCGUUAGGUAACGUAUAUGUAAACUCAGUGUGGGAGGAGUUGUUGAACUCAGAGAGUAGAUCUUCAGGCACUCCCAUGUCAGAUCGACCAACAAGAAAGUUUCUUGCAAGGAAGCCUGGUCUCAGUGAUCCCAUAUCUGUGAAAGAGCUGUUCAUCCAUGCAAAGUACUCAGAGAGGAUAUUUGUCCGCAAAGAAACAGACAGCCAGCAUUUUCCGGCAGUUUUCCAAGAGAUUUGGGAGAAUGUGCGUGCCAACGACAAGAAAUCAGUUUACAAACACAUUGUUUGCUCUGAAACAGAUGUGAAUGCUCUACGUGGACAAGCAACGUACACGGUGUCUUUGUCCUUAUGGAAGAUGAUGCAACUGGAAGCGAAGGAGGAAACACUUAAAGCCAAAAUCAAGAGAAUUGAAGAGGAGUUUCAGGAGAACCCUGAGGGAUAUUCUGACUCGAAAAUGGAAGGGGAAGAAAGUAUGGUCAGAGAAGAAACUUCAAAGGACUGCUCUUUGCUUCACCUCGCUUGUCUUUAUGCUGAUAUCAGUAUGGUGGAGUUGUUGCUUCAGUAUGGUGCAAAGAUAAAUGCAACAGACUCAAAAGGUCGCACUCCACUUCACCACUGUAUCAUCAGCAGGAGAUAUGCAAUUGCAAGGCUGCUACUUAUGAGGGGAGGAGAUCCAAAUGCUGUGGAUAAAGAGAGUAACACACCGGUCAAAUAUGCUUUAGAGACAGAAGUCAAUGACAGCGAACUAAUUGCAUUAUUAACAGACUCCAAAAGAUGAUAAUAUCUGCUGAAAUAAAAAUAAUAAUCAUUUGAUUUGCUUUAUCACUUUUUAAAAAGCAGAAGACGGUACAGCACUAGAAAAAAUGUUGCUCUAAUUGAACACUUUUCGCCUGUUAGUUCGUUUUGUCCA